AUACAACUUCAAAAUAGCAGCAGAAGCUAUCAGUUCCCCACCUAAUCUCACCCAAAACGUAACAUAAAAUAUUGGCCAAAGCUUAUCGCUCUCGCAGAGGUGAUAAAUUAGCACAGAGAACAACGUUAUUUAUUGGGAAUAAAUCGUUUUAAGCCACUAUUCGGAAGCACUUUUCAGUUGUCACAUGAAAGCAAUGGCAUCCGCACGUUUGACAAUCGUUUUGAUCGGUCUCUGGGCUUUUGGCAGCGCCGGUGUUUUGGGCCAGCCAACAUCACGCAUUUGGGGUGGUGAGGAAUCGGGCAAGUCGGAUUACCCCUAUGUGGCCUCGGUACGUUUGGAUGGUGGUCAUAUUUGUGGCGGUACCAUUAUUGGACCAAAAUCCAUUUUGACAGCCGCCCACUGUGCCGAGGAAAAAGGCAAGAUUGUCUCCCCCGAUCGUUUGGUUGUGCGUGUUGGCAGCACCAAUCAAUUCUCGGGCGGUAAAUUGGCCUAUGUCUCAGCAGUCACUGUGAAUCCCGACUAUUCUGGUGUGAAAAACAAUUUGGCCGUUCUCACUUUGGUAGAUGCCCUGGAAUGGACUGAACGCAUACGCAGCAUUGCCUUGGCCACAUCGAAUGAAGAUUUGCCUGCCGCUGGCGCAAGUGUUGUUGUUGCCGGUUGGGGUAAACAAUUGGAAUCGGAUUCUGCCUUCAAAUUGAAUUCCUACAAAUUCAGCAUGGCCAGCGAGGAAGUUUGCAAGAAUGCUUACAGUGCCUUAGAUGGCUCUGAAUUUUGUUUGGAUCAUCCCCUCAAAGAGGGUAGCUGUUAUGGCGAUGCCGGCAAUGGUGCUGUCUACAAUAAUAAAUUGGUGGGUGUCAGCAAUUUCGUUGUUGGUGCCUGUGGUUCCCGCUACCCUGAUGUCUUCACCAAUGUUGCCCAAUAUGCCACCUGGAUUCAAUCUGUUGUAGUUUAGGUUUUUCUUUCUCUGGAGUUGUGGAAUUUCUAAUAAAUCAAUUACGAAUUAAUACUGAAUUGAUUAAA